AUGUCAAGAAAUAGAGAAGAAAAGUCAAAACACAAACAAGUCUCCAUGUUGCUCUUGUGGCAGGGGAGGAGCAAAAGACAAAGAAAGGUCAUUUUGCAGCACUAUGGGUCAAGGUGUAAGUGUUUUCAACAUUUGCAAGGAUGUAACCCGACAUGCAAAUGCCUCAAUUGUGGAAACCCAUAUGGAACAAAAGAUGUGGUUGUAAAAGACAGACAGGUCAGAAAAAGAAGGAAGCAUGAUGAUCUUCCACUAACUUCUAUUGAAUACCUGGAGAGAAAGAAUGAACCAAUGGCUCCCGAAAAACUUGAGGACUUCGAAAUUUUUGUACUUCAACAAGUGGUAAGUGGAAUUUCCAUGCAGUCUCAUGACAUUGAUGCUUCUGAUUAUGAAAGCAUUUUUCAGCUUUUUAAGAAAAUUCUCACAUCUGCUGGAUUCAUCAACAUGCCUUCGUUUGAAAAAGUGAAAAAGUUGGUGGACAGAAUUAAAAGAGAAAGAGGGCUUUUUUCUCUGAUGCUGAGGCAAGAGCUGAAGAAAAGUUGGCACAAGUCAUAG